UGUUUUGAUGAAAUAGAAAAGGAUUUAUGUGUGUUUGAAGAAUACUGUCAAAGUAAACACCAACACUAAGAUGAAUAAUUUUAUAAAUGUGAUGUAACUAUAUUUUGUCUUGGUUAAUUGUCAGACCAAUCUCUGGAGAAUGUGUGUAUUAUAUGGGUCUGUGAUCGAUCUAAUGUCGAUCUACAGGUCAUUUAAAUCUUUUGGAAUGUAAAACCCAGUACAGAGGGAUUCACUGUCUUGUGUUUCCAACUGUUUCCAAGAAAUGUUGGCAGGGAGUAAUGCAUUUGGAUUUUGAAAGAGUCCUUUGCUCACCUGCUAAGUCUGAUUACUGUGCACUUUCCCUACAUCUUACCUUGUUAACUGUGGUUAGAACAAGGGCAUUCUAUAUCACUUAAACAUGCAGGAAACCUGAGGUAAUAUAAAUAGUAGACAUGACUUGUAAAUUUCAUUUAUAUUUAACAGCACACAUUGGCUCUCUGCGAUAUUCUAAUUGGUCAAAAAAUGGGUGGCUAAACUGUAUCUGAACAUCUAAAUUGAAAUUGUAGUAAGUUUGAUGGGCUACUCAAUACUGUACACCCAAACAAAAGAGACGCAGCUGUAACCUGGCAGGGGUCUAGACAGUUAUUGCUUCUAUAGCUGGUAUGACAUGCAGCUCAGGAAUGUGCCCGUCAUUACAAGCACCUCACGGUUGGCCUCUCCUGGCCCUGUAUUAGUGGUCUAAUUGAGAUGGGUUCUGAAGAAGGUCUUUGUGCAGACACUCAAGAGCCAGACGAAUACCUGACUCUCAUGCAGCCAAAACUCUUGUCAGUCUCCCCAUGUGUCCAAUAUUAUACUGACGUUCGGUUUUUAUUAUCUGGAACAAUAGCACAGCUACACUGAUCAGUCAAGAACAUUUUUUCUUGAACAUUUCUGGCACAAUAAGAUCUUUCUGGUGUUAAGAAAGACUUUUAAAGUUUUUAAAACUUGCUUUACUUUUUGGAAGCAGCGGAACAAAACAGAAAUGUUCAUAAGCAGGUUAAUGCCUGAAAAUGGGCUCCAGUCUGGAAUGCGUGGAUGAGAAGUUGUCACACAAUAGAUCAUUGUGAAAGGUUUCGUAAAAGCCCGCCCACCAGGCAUAGGCCAAAACAAUUCUUCUGUAAUCUUCUUGCCUGUCACCAGACCACUUGUUUGGAUGCCAAGGAAAGUUUUAAUCAUGCUCUAAACUUUGUAGGUCAAGCUCAAAUCACAGUUAAGCUUCAGCCCUAAGAGAUCUAUUUGCUAAGUUAACAGAGUUCUCAAACUUUUCUUCAACCGGAUGGCUUUCGUCAGGGCUGGAGAGAUCUAUUCUUAAAGAACCAGUCACAAUGAUCUUUUUCGGGGGUUGGGUGGGGUGUCCACGGCAGAGGUCAAUGGUCAUGGCUGGUGAUGUCUCUCUGCUCAUUCAAAAGGAUAGUCAUGCAGUCAAAAAGCCACCACUAAAUAUUCGUCGUCUAACUGUUUCUUUUGCAGCAUUAUAGAAAUAAAAUCUGAUAUUUUCUAGAAAAGUUUUACGUACGUUGAUAUGUCAUAUGUUAGUUUCUUUGGUUUCACUCCAGUUGGCCAACCAGUGCACUUCAGACCCUGCAAAAAUCAACCUGUUACCAUAGCGAUAGAAGAAACAGAGGACCACUGCACAAGAGGGGUUCAACGAGAACCUUUUGCCCUCUCGACUGAAAUUAGCAUACCGUCCCUGAGCCAAUAGGAAGACAGAAGCUGUUAGAUUACUUUAAGGAGACUGGCUACGACGACAGCCCCCUCCUCAUUCCCUCUCCCCUUCCCGGGGUAGAAUCACCACAAUCCCUGUAGUGAUCUGCCCGGACUGCAGCAGUCACAGGCAGAUAUGAAAGUAGAUUCGCAAAAGCUUGUUUGAACAGAUUUCUAUAUGGGGUUCCUCAAGGCAACAUUUCUGUAGUCUUUCAUACGAAAGAAGCGGAUGGUUGAAAAGAGUCGCACUGUGGUCAGGGACCGGCUGUCUGUGGAGGGCCCUUUGUCUUGGCCUGUCUUUGAUGUGAAUGUGGAAUGUGCUGCCCGGGGAGUCCAGCGGAGCAAACCCGGACUCUCAGUUCAUCCAUCAAAGGGUCUGCUCAGGUCUGCACAUUUAGGCACCUGUUUGUGGAACUUGUUUGCUUGAGGGAUCGUUUGGAAUAUGAAAAUGGUGGAUUUUGUAGCACAGAAAAUGCCAUCAGAGAGCGACGUGCAUAUGGCCCGGAGCUUUCUCACGAAGAUUUUACGAAGUUCCAUGAGAAAGAACCACUUUAAAGGGAGAAAUGAACCCAUGAGCAGACCUCACUCCUGGCAUGCCACCAAGUGUAACGAAAAUCAUUCAGAAGUCAAAACACAGUCCACACCCUCGCCAGUCUGGCAAACAAGAUAUGAUGCAAGUUCAUUCUCUUCUGAUCUCUCUACCGGCUGGGAGCAAACAAAUCUACGGAGAGUCUCCGAUCAGUUCAGUUCCUUGGGCAGUAUGGACAGCCUAGAGCAAAGCUCUCAUCCCUAUCCACCUGGCCGCCUUUCCCCGAGCAAGUCCAAUAAUAACAGCAUUGAACAUUUAGGCGGUGGUAAAAGAGACUCUGCUUACAGUUCAUUUUCUACAAGCUCAGGGACCCCGGAUUACACACUUUCCAAAAGCAACGCAGCAUCCACUGAGAACAUGCUGUACAAAAUUAAUCAGUGGGACUCAAGUGGCCGCCACAGCAAUGGCAGGCACAGUCAAAGCUUAAGCCAUGAUGAGAAGCUUGGAUACGUGCAGCUUCCCUCGGGUCCAGCUAACCACGAGAUCCCAAGAAUCGAAGAACAACCGGGAACUCGAAAUUCAAGCUCUGGAAGGAUUGUCAUUGGGCCUGUCUGGAAUGUUCCAGAUAUAAAGAAAAACGUGGUAUCGUCAACACCGCCUCCCACUCCACCUACCCGCAGUGAUAGUUUUGCAGCUACCAAGGUUCAUGAGAGAAGUUUGAUCACAGGCACCUCUGAGUUAAAGCCUCUUGUGAAAGGAUUGCAGAAGACAUCAGAGACCCACGAAAGAUCUCUUGAGACUUGUCUGGAGGGGCGACGUGAUUAUAAUCUGCCAUUCAAAAACAAUUCCUCAAAUUCUAGCAUUUCUUCCGAUACCCAUCAUCAAUAUGUCCACCGCAUGGCCUCAGACAAGCCAUACUCCUUGUCGACCACAGACGUCAGAGAGAGACAUCCAACCCACGCCAAUAUUCCAUACCAUCCACGGCAGUACAGUGACGAAGUCACCUUUCAUGCUCAAACUAGGACGGUGCCUGCACCGAAGCCUCCAUUCAGCGGCUACUAUAGCAGUAUGCAGGAACUGCCCACAAACAACCACACACAGCUUAACAGCCAGAAUCAGGUUAGAAGGCCAGCUGCUUCACUGUCCGGUCUUGCGAUGGAUCCUGAAGGAAGUACUCAGAGCCGUUAUUAUGGAGUCACAUCCCACCAAACCCCUCAGGGAAUGUCCCAGGCUUCUUUAGUGAGAAUUGAUGACUCUAAAGCUUCAUUGGUCUCAGAACUGUCACACGGUGGAAGGGACAGAAUAUCCGUAGGUUCUCAAGGAGGAAUAAAGGACAGGUAUUACCCACCUCAGCCACAGCAUCAUGAUCCAGAUUAUAAUGCCUUCUCCAAAAAAACUGACAACCACCUAAUCUCGGCAUCCACUAAUCCCUUGAAUAUGUCUGAUUCAACAACCACCAAACCUUCUGAGGUGAGGGUUAACCAAAAGCAACACCAUGUGUCUUGCUCAGAUACACAUUUUGGUAGUCAUCCCCCUAGUAAGCAACCUGAGCAGAGAAGAAGUGUUGGCCUUCCCAAAGAUUACUCACAACAGCCCUUGCCAACUAAAGGCGAUUCAAAGAUAUGUCCCCAGAAAACGCCUAUGUUGUAUUCUCUCGCCCAAGAGCACAAUGACGUGGAUGACUAUCAAAAGGAGAUGAACAGUGUAAGUGCACAACAGGAAGCCUUUGACGAAAGCAAACAGGCACGACGAAGUGACCGCUUUGCUACCACGCUCCGCAAUGAAAUCCAGAUGAGGAGGGCUCAACUUCAGAAGAGCCAAAGCGCUGCCACUUUAGGCAGUCCAGAUGAAGCUGCAGAAGAGACUGCUUGCUGGAAGUCCUCUGGGAAAUCUUCUCCUUCCUCAUCUGGCACUUUUUCUAGCUCUUAUAAAGACCAUCUUAAAGAAGCCCAGGCCAGAGUCCUUCAGGCUACGUCAUUCAGGAGAAAAGACUUGGAGCCGGUCCUGUUCGAGCAUCCGAGCGUCGACGUUGCCUCCCGGGAAGACGUACCACCUGUUUCGGAGGUUCCAUCCGGUAAACCCACCUCAGGGAGUAGUCAGGUGUUUCGCAUCGGUGGACGAAAGCGCUUCUCUGCAGAGCAGAAAGUUCGGUCUGUUUCUGAGCCAGAUAAAAUUCACGAAGUGGGAGCGGAGGAGCACUCACCUGCAUCCGACAAUGCCGCACACUUAGAGAAUCGCCGCAAAUUCUUUGAGCCAACUGCAAAACCGGCCUUUCCUAAACCCAUGCCAAAGCACAACCUGCAGACGUGUGAGGACACCAGAGUUUCCAAACCUGGAGGCAUGCCACAUCCUGCGAAGAGUGACAUGGGUGGGCGGAGUAACACUGAAAGCUCAACCCCCAUUGCACAUAACCUAAUUGAAGGUCAGGAUGGUUCUCGCACAGUAAACCAACUAGCCAUGCUGAAGCAGCAGAGACUUGGCACCUUUGCGGAGUAUGAGGCCAAAUGGAACGGCCAGAAGAAGACGACAGAACCAAGGCAGUCUGGAAGAUACCACUCUGCAGAUAACAUCCUUGACACAGGAAUUGAGGAGCAAAGAAAGCCCACCUGUAUGCACGAAAGAUCUAGAUCCUCCCCUUCUGCUGAUUUCUAUGGACAGAAGCUUCCACUUCAAGAAAGGAAAUCAGAUGUGGAUUCCAAACCAGAAAGAAAUCUCUCCAACCAAGAUAUGAAUGGAAUAAGAUUAAACGCAAAAGAACACAGUGAACUCGUAUGCAAGGCGAAACCAGAACCUCCUGCUUUGACUAAAGACCUGGAGAUAAAGUCUUCAGAUCCUCCACCCGGUCACCAUAAACCUGCCCCACCGUUUUCUGACGUCAGCCCUCGCAGUGAACCAUCAGCCCUCUCCAUAAACAAGAGCUCUGUUCUCUUGCCCCAUCUGGAGAAGUACACAUGCCCUGAGGGCACACCUCCUCCCCUUGGCAAAUUUCAGGAGGUCCAGCCUGGAUCACAAGGAGGAGUCUUGGCAUCACUCUCUCCUGUCAACAGUCAAUGCUCCACCCCUUCCCAAGUUCCCCGAAAGAGCUUGGAGCACAGCAAAGGGCCAGUCAGGGAGGAGGAGCUACAACAAGAGCUUGUGCCUCCUCCCUUUCCACCUCCUCCCCCUCCCGUUGCCCCGCCUACCCAACAAAGCACUGGCCCGACCCAGCCCACCAUGGAGGGGCAGCGUUCACCCUCGCCCCAGUUCGCUCCCCAGAGGCUGACCGACAAGCCCCCUGUUUCUGUCUCCAUACAGGAUGAAGCUCCUGGAAGGAUGGAUAGAGUUAAAGAUGAGACCACAUCAGUGAAAAAAGUGCCCAUUAAGAUCGUCCACUCAGAGAGCAACACCGAAAAAGAGAGUCGACAGUACCUCGACCUGCAUAGCGAGAACCCUCUCACCUCCCAAACACCUGGAGUAACUCAUCUUCAGAGUUUAGGAAACCCAGAUCAGUCGUAUUCCCUUUUUUGUACUUACACAAGGCAAAAGGACCAGGGGCCUGAAUCGAGAGACGUAGCCAUGGGUCCUCUAAAAGACCAGGGUCUGCAAACCAACGUGAACCCCGUUCCUCACGCAAUACAUGGUCAGCAGAUCGACCCAUCGGUGGAUCACAACAGCAAUGGAGUAUCUUCACAUACUUCUCACUCUGAGGAUGAUGAUGGCAAGAGGGAGGAACUGGCCAGAGAUAUAAUGGGCAAAGAUAAGACCCUGGUGGACAUUUUAGACCAGAGUAAGAUGAAGACCACUAUGGAUCUGAUGGAGGGGAUUUUCCCUCAGGAAGAGCAGCUGCUCGAGGAGGCACAACAGCGCCGGAAAGCAGCACCUAAACAGCUAUCCCAUCGCAACUCUGUGGAGAAGAAGGAGGACGAGACCCUGGUGGCAGCCACUGCUUUAGUGACUAAUUCCACCUACUACAGUACAUCUGUGCCCAAAGCAGAGCUGCUGAUAAAGAUGAAGGACAUGCAGGAACAGAGCGUGGAACACGUCUCAGAAGAUGAACUUGAGGAGGACAAUGAAAAUCUCUCUGGCAAGAAGCACGAGUUGAUUGACAGCCUGAGCAAGAAGUUGCAGGUGCUAAGGGAAGCCCAAGAGAGUCUACAGGAGGACGUUCAGGACAACAAUGCUCUUGGGGAGGAAGUGGAGGGCGUCGUACAGGGCGUCUGCAAGCCAAAUGAGCUUGACAAGUUCAGAAUGUUUGUCGGCGACCUUGAUAAAGUGGUCAACCUUCUGCUGUCCCUGUCUGGACGUCUGGCCAGAGUGGAAAAUGCGCUCAACAGCCUGGAGGAAGAUGCUUCGCUGGAGGAGAGGCGGACGCUGACAGAAAAGCGCAAACUGUUGAUCCGUCAACACGAAGAUGCCAAGGAACUAAAGGAGAACCUCGACAGGAGAGAGCGUGUGGUCUAUGAGAUCCUGGCCAGCUACCUGUCGGAGGAGAGGAUGGCUGACUACGAGCACUUUGUGAAGAUGAAAUCAGCCCUCAUCAUUGAGCAGCGAAAGCUCGAGGACAAGAUCAAACUGGGCGAAGAGCAGCUCAAGUGUCUUAUGGACAGUCUCCCGAUAGACCAGAGGAUCAUGAACUGAGGAUUUUCAUUCAGUGGUCCAAAGCAACUCGCCUGGCAACGCCCUAAAUAACAGGGUUCCAGAGCGGUACUUACUGCAAAUGGAAUUUCAGAACAUUGUGGUCAGAUAUUAGCUGCUCCCUUCUGCCACCAGAACUGAUACUAUUUUGGCAAGACUCAUGAAGUUUUUAAGACCCUGACAGUGCUGGGCACUUUCAGGUUAUGAUUUUACAGACCACACUGUGGUUGUUAUCCCUUUUUAAAUCUGUAUCAUCUGAUGCUUCUCUCGAUGUUACACGACCCAUAGAAUCAUAUGGUGAAUAAUAAUUAUGCUUUUCUGAACUGAUUAAAAUAUACUUCAGAAUUAUGUUUGCACAGUGCACUUAAUGUGCUAUUUAAACUCAAACUUGCUUAGGUUAUCACCUCUGUAUGGGCCAUGGUCAAUCACUGUGCUGUUGCUUUUUUAACCACUAGAGGGCAAUGAAGGACACCAACUUAAACAUGUCUGUCCCUGAACCUCCAACACAAACUUUUUUGUGAUCAGGCACACACUCUACAAAAGCAUUUCCGUUCCAGUUGCAUUAAUUCUUCACCCACAUGUAUGCUGUGAUGCCAGGAGGUUUUAAUCGACUUCCAAAAAGGACUUUCUGAUGGUUCAUUAUUUCCUACGGCUUGCAUCGCUGUCCUGGUCGUGUUAUUUUUAGUAAUUUAUUUUAGCUUUUUGAAUUUUUGUAUAUAACUAGAAUAGGCUAGUAUUGUACGGCUUCACUACGUUAGUCAGACAAACUACGACUAAGUCUUCACGCUUUGUAUAGAUAUGUAUCGCUCUAAAUGCAUUAUAACGUCAGAAUUAGGAUUGCUUGUAAGUAUUCUUGUGUUUUAAGAUUCUGAGAGACUUGCCUAAACUAUAUAAUGUUGUUAUACUAUAUAAUAAUCUCAUUAAGGAUUCAGUGCUUGUCUAUAAAAUACCAACUGCCUUUUGC